UGCCAAAGGUGCGCCGCCCAAUGAAUCUUUCGAAAUUGAUGAUAAAAUUGUCGGGGGUCACGAAACCAGUAUCGAGGCAUUUCCCUAUCAAGCACUUAUGAUGGGUACAACUAAGGAUCGCUACGGACUAUGUGGAGGUUCAAUAUUGAAUGAUGAAUAUAUUCUUACCGCAGCACAUUGUGUCGUCGGGAAAAACGUUACGGUGAGGACAGGCAUUACAAGUUUGAAGGAAUCUGAGAAGAACGCACCAUUUAUACCAGGAACAUAUAAGCUUCAUCCGAAAUAUAAGAAUGGUGGUGAUGAUUAUGAAAUUGCCAUAAUAAAGCUGAAAACCAAAUUGAAACUGGACGGUAAAAUUAGGAAGGCCGUUGAACUUAUAGAAUCUGGUGCAGAUAUUCCAGCUGGUACUAAUGUAACUGUUAGUGGAUGGGGUCGUACUGCUGAGAAUGCAAGAAGAGGCAGUACACACUUACGGGCUGUGUCUACGACAGUGAUAUCGAAAGAGAUAUGUAAACGACGUACACAUUACACGCCUAGGAAGAUAUGUGCGGAAAGAUCUGGUGGAGGCUACAAUGCUUGCAAUGGUGAUUCUGGAGGUCCUCUCGUAUUAACUGAAACCAGGAAACAAAUUGGUGCUGUAUCGUACGGCGUACAAAACAGAUGUGCUUCUGCCCCUGUUAUAUAUUCAAAUAUAGCCGAUGCAGAGAUGAGAGAUUGGAUAAAAUCUGUUACAGGUAUUUAGAAAAUUAACACUUUGAUAAUUCUAAAUACAAUUUCUUUCCAAU